AUGAAAGAGUGCCAUGAUCAAGAGGAAGUCGGAGAUGAGCAGGCUGCCGCCAUCAGACUAUGGCGUCCGUCGGAGCUCUCACUGGAAUAUUCGUUGAGAGAAAGCGGUGGUGGUAGACUAGCAAGAACGGAAUCAAUCCUUCAGCACCCACUCUGCUCGACACCCAAUGAAGGGUGUUUGACCUUCAUUUUGCUCUUGAGGAAAUCACUGUUGGCGCCUUCAAAGAAUCAAGAAAUAAAAGACGGAUCUGAUAGCCCCGUUCCUCUCCAAAGACGAUGUGGAAGACUGCUGAGUGCUUCUGACAAACGAUUACUGUGUGUCGGAGAUGGGAGCUUCACUGGAGGUGAGGCUAUCGCUGGAGUGGAGGUGUGGAAUCGGUCAUGGAGGAAGGCGCUAUUUGGCAUCGAAGCUGGAAGCGAUGAAGGUACUUUACUUUCAAGGAAAGGAGUCGGCGAUCGCAACGCAUCACCCUAUGUUUUCCGACCAUGAGAUCUUUGGGAUUAUACUAUGAUAUGGUUUUAUGAUGACAUGCUUUGAUUGUUGAUGUAUUGGUUUUGACAUGAUAUGUUAUUAUGGAUGUUUUCUUAUAUUGUUGG